CGGAGGAGGAGGAAACAGCGCGAAGGAGAGGAUGGGGGAGGUUCCCUGUUAGCAACAGCACCACCAUCACCAAAGCCGCCCCCGCCCCACGUGAAGAGCUGGGAAAGGCCGAGGAGCACACAGCAGCACCCAGCUAAUGUGCCUGCCUGCGCCCCCUUCCUCCUCCUCCUCCUCCUGCUAUUGGAAGGCGAGAGCCGCGCCCUGGCCGCAGCAGACCCGCUAGCCGAGCCGCCUGCUCCCUCCUGGCGUUACAGCCUUUCUUCCUGUGCCGAGGGAGGGGCCUCUCCCUGGCAACGUUUCUCGGCGCCCUGUUCGCAGCUCUUCCCCCCCACCCCUCCUCCUGUGAUCUUUCACUAGAUUCCCCUCUCCCCGCUUCCCACUUUAUGUUUCUGUGCACCUCCAUUUCUUCCCCAUCCCAUUGCAAGACCCUCCUUUCUCUCCCCCUCUUCCCCCCUUCUCUCCUUUCCUCCAGCUAUUGCAAUAGCUCCGACUCCAUCCUCCCACGCCUUCCCGGCUCCAUCCUCCCAGCAUCUCCCUGGAACUGGUUCCUGCAGCCCACUUUCCCCUCUAAUUAAGAGGAUCUCUUCUUCACCCUCUAAUUAAGUGGAUCUCUUCUUCACUUUACUUCACCCUUUCUUUUAAUUCCUUCUCCGUCUUCUCUCCGCAGUUCAGACUCUUCACUUUCAAUUCUCUUGCCUUCCUUCCCGCACUUGUUCUUUGGAGAAAACCCUCCCCCCCCCAAAUCCCUCCUGUCUCCUCCACCUGCUUCUAGUCCUCUUGUUUCACAACAUUUGGGGGCCUGCCUUAGGUUUAAGAGCCGGGGAGGGGGGCGGCUUGCUGAAACCCCCUCCCCAUGCCUUUGACUGCUGCAGCCUGCCUGCCGGUGUUGGAUGGUCAAAGAAGGAAGCGGGGAGGCCGCCUUUCUUCUGGGGGAUGCCGGUGGUGGCCGAGAUGAUGACUUGAUGCUUGGCUUUGCCAUGGAUGGGAUGACAUGCUUCAUGGUUGCCUUGGUCACGCUGGUGUUCUGUUGCCCGGGUCCACCUUGGUGCAUUGCCCGCCGCCUGGUGCUUUGGACGGGUCUCCCAGUGCUGCUGCCUCUGCUGCUGUCUGUGCCCGCCUCCCUGGCUUCCCCAGUAGCAGAUGACAUAUAUUUGGAACAGCAGAAUAUUUCUUCUCUUUUGCUGAGUCAAAGGACUGUGGACAGCAUGACUCAUGAAGCCUUAACAAAAAUCACAAUGGAUCCCAAAGCAAACAGUGUGUUUCCUGAGGGGUUGUCAUCACCUGUUACCUCUCCUGAGGUGACUUCAUUGGACCAAGAAGAAACAAGCAGAAUCUCAGGACAAAAUGUACCAGUGUUGGCUAUUUCAGUAACAAGUAACGAGGCAUCCUUAAGUAAUGAUAAAUUGAUUAACUCAUUUCCAAAUGCACAACAGACUCCUUCAUUAAAGUCUUUUACAGAGGACUAUAAUUCAGGUUCCUAUCCAGUGAAACCAACAAAAGAAACAUUGCAAACUUUGUUGUUAGCACCUUCCCUACCUGUCCUCUCUUCGCUGGAUUACACGGAAAUGCUGCAAGCAACAUUGCAAAGGGCUGCCUCUAUCCCCACCAUUCCUCUCCCAUAUUCAAACCCUUUUGACACGACAGGUGUAACUCUGACUCCAAGCAGAGACUUGCUCAUGUCCUCAAUUUAUUUAAGUUCUAUUGUGUCCGAGGUGGUGGGUGCAACAGUUGGAAAAAAAGGGGAGAGUUUGCUGUUUUCUUCACGCUCUUCAUCUUUGCUUUUGGAUUCUAGUGCAGAAGAGUCAUCCCUGUUAGUGAGACAGCUCAGUGAGGCCACCCAGUUUAUGCCAGGCAUUUUGACAAAAAGUACUGGCCCAUACACUGAAGCCCACUAUAGUAUUAAUAGUAGUGUUACAGGAACUCUACGAAGCUCUCCUGUUCUGAGCAUUUUAGAGGAAAUUCCUGUUUUGUUAACUAACACAGGGUCUGACACGUUUUCAACUCGUCUUCCUUUUGUUAUACCCCCUGCUCCCCCAAUUACAUUUCUGACUGUCUCCAGUAGUAUCUUUAAUGAGGAAUUGUUUACACAUGAGCUAUCCCAUAAAUACUUCAGAAGUACAGCAUCAAUUUUGUCUGACGGUUCAGAAACACCUACUCAAAUUGAGUUCUUCAGUGACUUUGCAAGCCCAGUGCCUUUCACUAGACCAUAUGCUUCAUGUUCUUACUGUGACUUCACCUCAGUUCCCUCAGAGCCAGUUUACUCAGUGAGGCCUUCAGAAAAUGAUGUGGGCUCAGGUGAUUAUAUUGAGACACUGUCAUUCAUGGUCUCUAAUGUAAAAGGUGUUGCACCAUUUACAUCAGCAGUUAGUGAUCUUUAUGACUUGCAGGAGUCUCCUGAAGUUUUCGAUACUACUUUUCCCUCAAGGCUUGUUGUUUCAUUCUCUUCAUGGUUUGCAGAAGUCUCUACAUCAAAUGCACUGGACAUUAGCCUUAAAAACAUAAUAUCUACAUCAAUUUUCCCUUCCUAUGGCCAGUCACCUGAAAUAAUAUCACUGGAAAGUGCUUCUGUGGGUUUUCCCUACUCUGUAACUGAAAUGGUUAUGCUGACAUCUAGUGAUCUAGAACUGUCCUCUGAUGUUGCAAUGGUUCCCCUUGAAUCUGCCUUCACUGAAAGAAUGAACACACCAUCCAUGACAACCAGGAACACAAGUCUGCUGGAAACACCUGAAUAUAUGCCAUCAGAAUCUACACUUUUCCUUGGCAAAACACGUGUGGAUUUCCCUACACAAGGAUCUGCUAUAAAUAGAUCAGACAUUCCAUCCAGCUUUUCAUUAACCCCUUUUCCCUCUGAGCCAAAUGACUUUUCACAUCUAUCAUCUGCUAGAGACACAUCUUUCCUAACAAUGCCAAGUGAUUUGACAUCUUUACCUCACAUUUCACCCACAUUCCUUCUGUCAUCUGUGUUUUUUGACAGUUCUUCUAGUUGGGGUUCAGCUGAUCUCCCAGUUGCUGAUAUCACAAGCAUAGACGCAUCCCAACCUUCUUCAUGGCAAACUUCAUUUUUUAAUUUGAACUCAUCUUCUGUUUCAGUCUCACACAGUUCUACAACAGUGCCAUCAUCAAGUUUCUAUAUGAACUCCUCUAUGUUACUGGAACCAACAUCAGUCUUAGUGGUGGAAUCUGAAUUUUAUUUUACCUCACCUUUCACAGAAGCUACCUCUCAGUUUGAGUCAUCACCCAUAGCCAUUUAUACAACUAUUCCUACACUGGUGCUUCCCACCUCUGUGUCAGAGCCUGUUAUCACCAGCAAUAUAUUGGAGGAUGAAACACAAGUGGCCUCGCGGUUCACCUUGUUGCAAACAACUCCCAUCUUGACAUUCUCAUCCUCUACUGUUGAGAAUACUGGUGCUACUGCUAAACUCACUUUAGUUUCCUCACUCACUGAGGCAACUGCAACCACAUUUUUUUUUAGAACCACCCCCUAUAUGCCACCAUUGGCCACAGAAGUGAGCAGCACUACAGUUUCCCCUACUGAAUCAGUGGCCAUUGCGUCUUCAUCUGUACCUACAGCGAUGCCUCCACCUGUGAAUACGUCAGUUGAAUCUGACACUCCAAUAAGAACUAGUACAACUGCGUUUACCAGCAUGACAAUCUCCACUGCCACCACCUAUAACAGCACAAUUGGCCUUUCUACAACUACCAGUAGUACACCAAGUUCUUCUGCAUCAUCUUCCACCUCUGCAUUGGUCACUACUACACAAGUUACAGUGGCAACCAUUCCAGCCACCACAACCAGACCAUCCUAUGUUUGUGACAUCACAGUCCCUGACAAAUACUUAGUGACAGCUGUGCUAGCCCGAAAAUCUGUAGUAGAAAACAUCAGCAAAUCCAUCAAAGAAAUCCUGAGAACUGAGUUUAGGAGACCAGUUGAACUGGAGGUUUAUAGACUUUCUCCCAAAUUCUCAUUUUUGGUGACCUCAGGUCCUUUCGUUUACACGGCAAUUGCUGUCAUCAAUGCUCUUGUGAGCAGCAGCCUUCUUCAUGGACAGAGGCCUCUCAUUUUAUCACUACAACCUUCUUUCCCUUCUCCAGAUCGCAAGUUCCAGGUGCAGACUGUGCUUCAGUUUGUGCCUCAAAGCAUUGAUGUUGGUUUCUGUAACUUCAGCCAACGCAUUGAAAAAGGGCUGACAGUUGCAUUUGGGGACGUGAGAAAACAUCACCUAGAUAUUUCCAGCUUCACUGUGCAGAUAUUGAAUAUAACUCUAGGUGGGUCUAGAACAGUGUUUCGGCAGGGCCCUGUGCAGAUUGUUUUUGCUGUUCAAGAGAAACACGGAUUCUUGAAUGGGUCUGAAGUCAGUGAGCUGCUAAGGAACCUCUCUGUAGUGGAGUUCAGUUUCUACAUGGGCUUUCCUGUGCAACAGAUUGCAGAACCUGUUUAUUACCCUCAACUGAACACAACUCACUUGAUGAAAUCUUCCUGGGUAAGAACAGUUGUCCUGGGUGUCAUCAACCAGAAAAUUCAAGAAGAGAUUUUCCAGGCUGAGAUGGAGCGGAAGCUAGCCCAGUUAUUAAAUGAGGCCUUGGGCAGAGGGCGGAUAUGGAAAAGGGCAACUUUUGCUGGGAGCAAUGUGGUGCAGAUUGUGAAUGUGUCACGCAUUGAGGAAGUCGACAGCCCAGUUAUGCUGGUUUAUUUUGUGGAGGAUCAAGAUGGGGAAAGGCUUGGUGCUGUGAAGACAUCUGAUCUGAUUAACAGAGUGGAUAUCCAGAGGGCUGCCAUCAUUCUUGGAUACCGCAUUCAAGGCCCAGUGGCUCAGCCUGUGGAUAGAGUCAAAGAAUCUCCCCCAGAGUCACAGAAUAAUCUCUGGAUUAUUGUUGGCGUUGCAGUCCCGGUAGCUGUGGUGCUGCUUAUCAUCAUCAUUUUAUACUGGAAGCUCUGCCGCUCUGACAAACUGGAAUUCCAGCCAGACACCAUGAGCAACCUUCAGCAAAGACAGAAGCUACAAGCCCCCAGUGUGAAGGGCUUUGAUUUUGCAAAACAGCAUUUAGGCCAGCACAACAAAGAUGACAUCCUGAUCAUACAUGAGCCAACUCCUCUACCAAGACCAAUUAAGGACACCACUCCCUCUGAAAAUGGUGACCUGCCGAGCCCUAAAAGCAAGAUCUCUUCAAAGCCAUCCAAGAACGUCCGGCACAGAGGGAGAGUUCCCCCCUCAGAUGCCGACUCCACAGCAAGUGAACAAUCAAGUGGUCGAGAAACAGGUGAAGGACCUGCAAGACCACAGAUAGCUGCAAAUGAAGUCAAGCCCCACAGAGUCAGCAAGACUGGCCCUCCACAGAUGAGUAAUGGAACAGAGCAACCCUCUUCAGCCUCCAUCUUUGAGCAUGUGGACAGAAUGUCACGUUCCUCAGAAGUCAGCAGGAGGGUUCCUAGCAAGAUCCAGUUGAUUGCCAUGCAGCCAAUUGCAGCACCUCCAAUUCAGAACCAACCAUUUUCUGACCGAGUAGCAGAGACCAACAAAAUUAACAAGGAGAUCCAAACAGCUCUGAGACAUAAAUCUGAAAUUGAGCAUCAUCGCAAUAAGAUCCGACUUCGAGCGAAGCGUAAAGGACACUAUGAGUUUCCAAUCGUGGAUGAUAUGGUUAUCAUUGACACCAAAGAGCAGCAGAGAAUGUACCGCAAGGCACAGAUGCAGAUAGACAAGAUCUUGGACCCGGGGGGCAAUAUGCCUACUGUCUUCAUAGAACACAGAAAGAGUUCUCGAGCCAAACGUUCUCCAAAACAGCGUCGGAGGCAUCAGAUCAAUGGAAGUCCAAUGGAUGCUGACAAGGACCGGCUAAUUACAACUGACAGUGAUGGGACUUACAAGAGACCUCCAGGAGUCAACAACUCUGCAUAUAUUUCUGAUCCUGACCUUCCUGCUGAACUCCAGACACCUUCUUCAACUGAUCUGGGGAAGUACUCAGGCCUGCCCCCACACCCCGCUCAGUAUAUCCCUCCUCAGCCAUCUAUUGAAGAGGCCCGUCAGACAAUGCAUUCUCUCCUGGAUGAUGCCUUCGCCCUGGUGGCCCCCAGUAGCCAAGCAUCCAGUUCUGCCGCCAUUACACAACUCGGAGGGUCAGGGGGACAAUCAACUAACACUCCUGUUCGAGCGGCGAGGGACACCCCGAGCAGUCAGUGGGGGUCACCAUAUGGCCCAACUCAUACAAGAUACAUGGAAUUUGGGAUGACUCCUCCAACAGCACCAAGCCUGCUACAGAGGCAAAACCUGGGCCAAGGUUUUCUUCCACCUGUUGAAUUAAUGCAUCCAGACCAGCAGCCUUCUGAUGUUCAGUAUUCCACAAGAGGGAUUUAUCCAGAAGAAAUGCCAUCAGUGGCCCGUCCACGACCAGUUGGAAGCACUGCAGGUUCUCAGAUGCAGCACCUCACUCAGGUGGGAAUUGCUAGCAGGAUCGGAGGUGAACAAGUGGAGAUCCCCUCAGGCAGAGCAGGGCAUGGCCAGCCGGGGCAACCAGGGUGGCCCCAAUAUCGUGCAGAGGAUGAAUAUGCUAGGAGAGAUGCAACACAUACGCCUGGACAUCAAGAAUAUUCCUCCUCACCAGGAUUCCAGAUGUCGAGGACUUCGGCCCGACAGCCCUCAGCACCUCCUGUUCAGCUUCCAAACAGCAACCACCAGGGCCCAGGGCUCUGCUACAACACCAGCUCCACUGAGGACCUCCAGCCAGGUCACUCUUCAGCCUCUCUCAUCAAAGCAAUCCGAGAGGAGCUCCUCCGCCUCUCUCAGAAACAGACCAUUGUACAGAAUUACCACAGCUGAUUUGUCAUGUCCUUGCAAAUCUGCCAAGUAUCUGCUUCCCAUGGAAGCUCGACUCACAGGAAAUCAGCAAGAACCUGUUCUUCUGUCAGAGGAGUGAGUGUGUACAAAACCAGAGAUUGUGGCAUGUUGGGAAAGAACUCUGCAACACCAGCAGUAGCACAAGAGAGAAACUUGUGUGUGAGUGUGGAGGGAAACCUGGGAAGAUAUAAGCAUUGACAUACGAAUCUUUUAUACGUCUUAGGCGUUAUAAUCAAACUUUGGUUGGGACUGUUCAUUUCAAUGACAGUUCCCAUCAAGAACCCAAAUGCUGCAAGAGGUGGCAAUGCUGUCCCCUACAAUCACAAUUAUUCGAACAUCAGACUUCUUUUUUGAGGAAGGAAAGUUUGCAAGAUGGAAUUAGCUGUUGUCUCAUGAGAGACUGCAAGAAUCCUAUGGUUUCAAACAUUCCUGGGAAGGUGGGCUGUGUAUGCUACUGACACGUUUUACUUCAAAUACACAAGAAGCAGUGUUGACCCUGUGCAAGCAAUUAUUUUAAUGAAACCAUUGUAAGACUCUGCAAAUAAAAGACUUGGAGCAACUUGUUAACAAACAAGAACAAGAACAAUUAUUGUUAAAUAUUGCUCUGUGCUUCCAAAUGGAGCCAUUCUCUGCACUCUCCCUUGUUGGUCUUCUGGUGCUGAAGCUUCAAAGUGUCCCUUCAUCCUGAUGUUUGCAAAGUUUAAAUGGUGGCUUUUUAAAAAAGACUAACUAACUAAUGAAAAAUCAAGGAUAUAAUCAUUUAUAUUUCUCAUUCAGGCUGAGAAAAUGAAACACUCCUUUUUUUAAAAAAAAGAAAAAAGCAAAGACUUAUUUGGUAUUCAUAAUUCAUAGGUGGAUUAGUGGAUGGAAAUGUUUAGGGCAGUUUCACAAGUGACACAAAGACAUUAUUAUACAUGGUGAGGACAUCACAACGCUUCCAUUAAUUUUACUAUAAGCUGCCUCAGGCAAAGGAGAAAGGUAGAAGUUAUUUAAAUAAAGAAACAUGGAUCACUCCAGUUUUGUUUUUUAGCAAAAGAGCAUCAGUGGGCUCCUAGCACUUCCGCUUCCAUUUGUCUGCCUCCUGCCCACCUCCAGUGGGCACCUGUAACCUUGAAAGGUGCAUGCCAGUGAAGGGAAAGCAUUUAACUCGUACGGCCCUCUGCCUCCACCAUUAAACACCUCUCUCCCUUGCUAUUUCAAGUGGGUCACCUUGCCUCUGAGUCUGGGGCUAUGUGCCAAUGACCCCAUUCUAUUGCUUAGAAAAUUACAGGCAUCUCAUACUGAAGUGCUUCCCCCACUUCAAAUGCUCAUCAUUUUUUAAAAAUAAUAUUUUAUACAAAGCUCAUUAUGUUUUUGAACAGAAAAGGCUGCACAUGCACCAAGAGGUAAGCCUGGAUAAAUGUUUCAUUUUCAGAAAGGGUGCAAAUGUGCUGUUUAAGAUGAUAUCUGUUCACAGGUGACCAAAAUAGGUAUGAAACACAGAAUGUAAAUGCAAAUCCACUUUCUCAUUGGAUCCUCAUUUGAAUUAUAACUACAGUGAGCUGCUAGUACAUAGAAUACCAGAUUAGACAUCUGGCAGGAGGGAAGAGUGUUCUUUGCACUCAGGUUCUGCUUGUGGUCUUCCCACGGGCAACUGAUUGGCCAGUGUGAGAACAGGAUGGUGAACUAGAUGGCCCAUUGGCCUAAUCCAGCAGGCUUGUCUUAUGUUCUUAUGACAUGAACAACAGCACCUAAGUGGUAGGAAAGAAGCAAAGGGCCAUUCUACGCUUUACAAAGGAGAAAACCUGAGUGUGCAACCAAGUGUGCACUUGACAGGGAGCUAAAGCUAAUCUUAGUUCUCUGAUUAGCAAACCUGUAAGGUACACAUAGUUCCAAACGUGCUUGCCUCAUUUCAUGCAUUUUAAGGUAACUAUAUUUUUAAGUGUGCCCUUAAAAAAAAUCUUAGGUGUUCCAUUAAAAAAUGAAAUGGUAGUGCAGGGUAGUCUAUUAGGCGAAUGGGGCACUGCCCCCCAACUUCAGUCUGCCCUCAACUAUCCUUCUUACUUACAACGAGCCCACUGCCUAUCAUCUUUCUCUUUGCUAGCCUCAGUGUUGCUCUUGUGGAACUCAGUAGGGAGGAGCUUGGGAACAAAACUAGAAUUAGUUUUCUCUGCCUGUCAUUGACUCCGGCUCCACCUAUCAUUAGUUCUAGCUCCACCUGCUGUUGACCUCCCUGCCUUCUGCCCUGCUACUCAAAAAGGGCACCACCCACUACUGAUGUAACAUGUAAAUUGGCCUUGAGAGGCAGUCUUAGCAUCACUUGUGAAAACUCCCUUUGUCUUUAAGCUUGGGAGUACUGGGUGGCAGAUCAAGCUUUUUUGUUAAUUUGUCAAAGGCCAUCAAUGCAAGUGGGCUAUAUUUUUUAUAAGAAUAAAACGGGCAAGUUCUAUAGUUUGAAAUGAGAUGAAAAGAAAAGACCAGCCUGGGUGAUAUCACAUUACCAGCACUAGUUUAUCAUAAACCACAGUCUGCAUUUGGUUCUUGAUAAAGCCUACAAAAAAAAAGAGUUGUGAUAAAAAGACCAUUUUAGAAUAACAAAAGCUUAGAUUUCACCACUAGAAAUGGCAACCUCUGCAUUUGUACAUGUUCCUACUGAUAUGACGGUACAUGCCAUUCAGGCACUAGUUUUUACAGAAUUUUAAUUUUGUUGCUAGUUGUGAGGCGUAAUUUACUGUCAUACUGCCAUUGCUUAAUUGUAACCUGCAUAAUGACGAGUGAAAAUUCUAACUAAAUUAUUUAUUUGUUGGAGUGUAUUUUUGUUUGUUUUUAACUUAGACUAAAUUAAAGCUGAAGC